GAGAAAAAAAGGCCUUCAAAAGUAAAAAAUCCAGCAUUCUUAUUUUGUCUGUAAAUUAAUUUUUUUUUUGUUCGAUCUGAUCUCUCCAUUCCGAUCGGUGAAUGUCGGUACGUUUGGAUCCAAUUGAGCUGUCAGCUCUUGAAUUUCAUCUUCAAUUCAGCACUUCAAGUUCAAGGAAGGAUGUAUCAUCAUCAACAAACCCUAGAUUUUCGGUUGUGAGCUACUUAGGUCAAUUUUUUUAAUUUCUUAGAUUCUCUAACAAUCAUUACCAAUCUUAUUAUAAGUUGGAACAACCAGUCGAAUUUUCAUUUUCAGCUUAGGUUUUUUGAGUUUUGUCUGAUUCCAUCUCUUGAGUUUUCUGGUAUUCUUCAGAAGGUUAGAUACUUUGAAAUAGUUUGAAUUAGAAUAGAAUCCACUUUCUUUUCUUUUUUUGAUUUUGUGAUUUUGAAGGAGGAUCAUAGUAUUUUUGUCUUAUUCCUGUCUGUACCAAAUUUCUUGAUUUUAUAGUUAAGGUCAAAGGUUUUUUUUUUUGUAGGGAUAUUCAUUUUUAACUUACUGUAGUAAGUUAAAGUAGGAAGUAUCUCAGAUCAAAGGAAGGCAUUCCUUUAGUACGUUUCAGUGUGUUUUGAGGUUGUUCAGUAGGGAAACAAAUGUGUAUAUGAGUUGUUUUCAAGGUUGUUCAGUAGGAAACAAAUGUGUAUAUGAGUUGGUAUAGUUGAGUUUUUUUUUUUUUUUUAAAGGCAUGGCUGGAAGUACUAGAUUUGAGUUAGCAUCGGGUAAUAAUGAGGGCACGGCAUUUCCGGCCAAUUAUGCAAAUGGGCAGCGGGGUAACUAUUCAGGAGGGCCGAAUUUGGAUAGGUCGGGAAGUUUUCGUGAUGGAAUUGAGAGUCGGUUAUUAGGUUCUGGACCUGCUUUGUCUAGAGGGAAUAAUGGUCCAUUGUCAGUGGAGUUACCGCAGUUAUCUCAGUUUCUUUCUCUAGAAAUGAUCACAAUUGGUGAUCAGAAGUUUACACGUUCGGGAGAGCUAAGGAGGGUGUUAGGUGUUUCACUUGGUAGCACUUCAGAAGAUCAUUUUGGUGCUGCUCAUCCUAAAGCUCCUCCAAUAGCAUCGGAGGAGCUUAAACGCUUCAGAGCAAGUGUGUCAGAUACCUCUACCAAGGCCAGGGAUAGAGUUAAAAAGUUCAGCGAUUCAAUAGCUAAAUUGGAUAAGUAUCGCCACAACCUUUUCGCAAGGAAGCGAAGGAGUGAGUCAAGUGAAAGAUCAGGCGGGGGAGGCAUGUUGAAGAUGGGAAGUCAAAUCCAUAAGAAUCCUCCAGAUAUUGUAAAUCAAAAAAUGGAGGAAAGGACAAAGAAUGUUCUUAAUAGGCGUGUUCGCACAUCAAUAGCAGAUUCAGAGGGACGGGCUACUGCACCGUUGAGGCAACCUGCAAUGCUGGAUAAGGAAAGAGAUAUGUUCAGAGCUAACAGUGGAGGUCCUGUUCAGGGUGAGGAAAAGAUUCGAGGACUGCCUGCUGGUGGUGAAGGGUGGGAUAAGAAGAUGAAAAGGAAGCGUUCUGUAGGAGCAGUUAUCACUAGAGCUGGGGACAGCGACCGGGAGCUGAAACGACCAAUGAUUCAAAAAAUUCCAAAUGAUCCAGCAUUUCGAUCCAGUGAUACUCAUAGUUACGGAUCUGGUUCUUCCAAUGGAGUUGCUGGAAACAACAAAUUGGAUGGUGCAUCCCAGUCUACUAGUGGAAAUGCCCGUGUUGUUGCCAAGAAUGAGCCGGAAAAUGUCUCUCUUUCAAAUGAUAGACGGGAGAGAUUGGCCGGAUUGGACAAAGAGAGAGGUGUCACAAAGGGAAACAUCAAGCUUAAUGUUCGUGAAGACAGUCAGGUAGGAAGUUCUAAUCCAGUGACUAAAGGAAAGGCUUCUAGGGCCCCACGUGCUAGUGCUGGUGCGGUGCAUUCAUCUCCUAAUUUCCACCGAGGACCUGGAGUCACCGAUGGGUGGGAGCAACCUCCGAGCUUAAACAAAGUUCAGGCUGUAAGUGGUCCGAAUAUUAGGAAGCGUCCUCUUCCUACAGGAUCAUCUUCACCCCCCAUGGCACAGUGGGUUGGUCAGAGACCGCAAAAAAUCUCUCGAACUAGGAGAGCGAAUCUGGUAUCUCCUGUCCCGAAUCAAGAUGAAGCUCAGACAUCAUCUGAAGGAUUUCCAGGUGAAGAUACUGGUGGUAGAUUAACUCCUAGUGAGCCAAACAGUUCACUAAUAUCCAGGGGUGCAUCUACUAACACCCAACAGCAGAAAGUGAAACUUGAGAUUGCUCCAUCGCCGGCCAGAUUGUCUAAAAGUGAGGAAUCAGAAGCUGGUGAAAAAUCGAAGGAGAAAGGAAUUGAUAAUGAUGAGAUAGACGACAAAGCUGUUACUGGUUCACAAAAAGUUGGUCCUCUUAUGGCGCCUACAAAGAAGAAUAAGAUGCACAGCAAUGAAGAAAUUGGAGAUGGUGUGCGAAGACAAGGAAGAAGUGGAAGAGGUUCAUCACUAUCAAGAGCAGGUGCUCCUCCAUUGAGGGAAAAGUUGGAGAAUCAAGCGUUAUCGAAGCCACUCCAGAAUUCCAGACCUGGUUCUGAUAAGAAUGAAAGUAAACCUGGUCGCCCACCCUCAAAAAAGCUAUCGGAAAGGAAGGCUUAUACGCGUGCUGUUCAUAUACUAAAUGGUGUUUCCUCUGAUUUUACAGGCGAAUCAGAUGAUGAUCAUGAAGAACUGUUAGCAGCAGCAGCAUCUGUUCAUAGUUCCAGAAAUCACGCCUGUACUGGAUCGUUCUGGAAGAAAAUGGAGCCAGUUUUCGCUACUGUCAAUUUGGAUACUGCUGCCUUUCUGAAGCAACAGUUACAUUUUGUGGAAGAGCUUGAUGAAAGUAUUCAUGAAUCAUUUGGUGCCAACACUAACAUUCUGGGUGAUCUAGUACCUGAUGGAGUGGCAUCUUCUCAACCUUUGGUUUCGAGAGAGAGACAAGAAAUCCAAUCGAAUGGAACUGGACCAAGUGAUUCAGCUCGUUGUCUGGGUUUUGGUGAUGAACUACUGGCUGAUUCAUUAUGUGAUGAAAUGCAGACAAAUAUGAAGUUUGAGACUCCUCUGUAUGAAAGAGUACUCUCAGCUUUGAUCGCGGAAGAUGAAUUGGAAGAGUUCGACCAAAGUAGUGAAAGGGGAAACCCAUCAUUUUUUUAUUCAAGUGAUGGUUCUCCUUGUGCAAAUGGAAACAGAUUUGAACCUGAAAUCGAGUCAGAUUUGAACUUUAGGCCUCAAAAGCCGUUUAUGUUUGAUAGCUUAUCUUGUGAUGGAAGUACUGCCUCUAACAGUUUUAAGAGCCCUAGCAUGCGAUAUUCUUCCUACAGCGAUGAAUUGCUGCAAGGAGAUGAUAGCUUGCUACAUCAAGAGUUUGGGGAUAUAACAGGAUAUGAUCAAAGCAUUGUAGAUGGCUCCCAGCAUGGGCACACUAAUAUUUCUGGAAUUGCUUCUGUGGGACGUCAAUAUGAACAGAUGUCUGUGAACGAAAAGGUUUUACUGGAGCUGCAGAGUAUUGGCCUGUUUCCAGAAACCGUGUUUCCCUUGUUCCAGCCUGACCUAGCAGAGGGAGAAGAAGAUGACAUAAAUAAAGACAUUAUUGCAUUAAAGAAGAACUUGUAUCAACAGGCUGGACAGAAGAAAAGGAACUUACUCAAGAUAGAUGUAUCUAUUCGCAAUGGAAGAGAUGAAGAAGAACGGGAUCUUGAGAAGGAGGCAAUGCACAAACUCGUCGAGAUGGCUUAUAAAAAGCUAAUGGCUUGCCGAGGAAGUAGUGCUUCUAAAAGUGGAGUCCUUAAGGUCUCAAAACAAGCUACGAUGGCAUUUGUUAAACGUACUAUUGCCAGAUGUCGGAAAUUUGAAAAUACUGGUAAAAGUUGCUUCAGUGAACCUGCUCUGCGCAAUAUCGUUUUCUCUGGACUCGUCGAUAGAAUUGAUGCAAAAUCUGCCGAUGCUAUUGGUGCUACAGCAACUUCUGCACGUGUUCAUGCUAGUCAAUCAGAGCCCAGAACAUCAGGUGUAGGUGUUAUCCCUCCUGUCAUAAGGCGACAUGGUCCUCAGGGUGAUAAGCUUGAGAGGGGUUCGUUGGAUGCAUUGCAAAUCCCGCAUCACUCUUCCAGCCCAAUUUUUCAGAAGUAUGAAACCUUAUCAAACAGAGGGAAGAAGAAGGAAGUUCUGCUCGAUGAUGUUGCUGGAGGUAUUGCUUCAAGAUCUACUCCAGCUCCUGGAAGUGGUCUCAUGGGUGGAGCAAAGGGAAGAAGAACUGAGAGAGAGAGGGAUCAAAACAAAGUUACGACUGCAAGAAAUUCUGUCCCUAAGGUUGGCCGCCCGGCAUUAGGAGGUUAUAGGGGUGAUCGCAAAACAAAAACAAAGCCCAAGCAAAAAACAGCUCAGUUGUCAACUUCAGGGAACGGUCUUCUUGGUCGGGUUACAGAAACAACAUGUCCGGUGUACCCUUCGGCACGUGGUUCCAGUGAUGCAGUGACUAAUGUUAGCGGUAAAAUAAGCAGAGAAACGGGUACGUGUUCUCUUGGUAAUGUUCCUCAAGGUUCAUCUAUAGAAUUGGAGGAACCCUUUGAUUUUUCAAACUUACCCUUAUCUGAGUUAGACUGCAUAGGUGACCUAGGUGCGUCAAAUAACCCUGGCGCACCUCAGGAUUUGACUUCCUGGUUUAAUUUUGAUGAAGAAAGCCUACAGGACCAUGAUUCAAUGGGUCUUGAUAUACCUAUGGAUGACCUGCAAGACAUCAUGUGAAGAUUAACAAUACCUCAUCCUCCAUGCUAGUUAAGAGUUCAGACAGAAUUGCUUUCACUGCCUCAAGAUCAUACAACUAACAACCCUAAAUUAUAUGUGGCAGCCAGAUAGGCACUUGUAAUUAUGGUGGUUCAUUCUUUUGUAUACUUGAAAGAACUUGUAGAAGAAUUCUGAUUGUUUAUGUAAUCCUGAGAUUUGUUUCCUUUAGCAAAUCAUAACCAUGUUUUAGAUCCCAUUCAGGGUUGGCGUUGCUAGGUAUUUUGACUUCACCCUUUGUAUCAUUAGAAGCUUCUAGAUAUCUGCACAACUGUGCAAUUGUACAUUCAUUUUACUUUGCAAAGAAUCAAACUUGAGAUCUUUCAAUAAAAGGUUGAGUACCAUCUGUUUUACUUUCUUUGCUCCAUUGGUUACCAUGAAUUCCGUUAAUAGUCAUUUGUUGCACAUAAAACGAAAAGUCUGAACUUGUUCAGACUUGUGCUUUGAGUUUGUGGUAUUUAUUGGUCUAGAUGCUCUGCUGGGCAUCAUAUUUUUCUUUCUGACAAUCAUUGCGGAUCCAAAGAGCCUGGAAGGAAAUUGAGGUACUUCAUUAACUUGGUAUACCUUAUAUCUUGUUUGGCGGAUCCAAAGAGCCUGGAAGGAAAUUGAGGUUUCGGAAAUUAGCGGAGAAGGUUUGAUUUGGAAAUUUCCUUCCCUUGAUCUUUAUGUGAGGGCCAGCGUUCCCUUUUUCAUGAGCAGCAAGUGACAUAAUCUUUGGCACCGAGCCUAACUAGGAAGGCAAAUUCAAAGCAUUCAGCGGCUUUUCUGCAGUUCUCUCCUCUAGCAGCUGGCUUUCAAUAUAUAUAUACUCGAAAGCUAGUGAUUGGCUAGAACGACGUAUACCUACCCUGGAUUCUGAGUAAGGUAAUCAGCUGUCAGUAUUAAUAUCAGGGAAAAAUGCAUUGGAGGGAUGUACCCUUGCUGACUACGACAUCCAGAAAAAGUAUACUCUUCAUAUUGUCCAUUAUCUUCGUGGUCGUAUGCAGAUCUUUGUGAAGACUUUGACUACCAUGACAAGGAAGGUAUUCCUCCAGACCAGCAGAUGUUGAUCUUUGCUGGAAAGCAGUUGGAAGACGGACAUACUCUUGUUGACUACAACGUCCAGAAGCAAUCCACCCUUCACUUGGUUCUACAUCAAAUCUCUGUCCAGACUUUGACUGGCAAGAAUUUUACCUUGGAGGUUUAGAGUUCAGACACUAUUGCUAAUGUAAAAGUGUAGACACGGAAGGUAUUCCUCCAGACCAGCAACAUAUGAUCUUUGCUGGAAAGAAAUCGGGAGAUGGUUGUACCUUUGCUGACAACAGCAUCCAGAUGGAGUCUACUGUCCAGUUGGUACUUAGUCUCGAGGGUGGUACGCAAAAAUAAUUUAGGACUUACACAGGAAAGACCAUUACUUUCGAGGUUGAGAGUUCUGAUUCCAUUGAGAUUGUGAAGGGAAAAAAUCCAGGACAAGGAAGCAUCCCACCAGACUAACAGAGGUUAAUUUUUGCUGGAUCAAUUAGAAGAUGGUCGCUAAGACUUUUGACUGGAAGACUUUGUCUGAAGUUGGAAGUUCAGACACCAACUAAACAAAGAAGGCUUCACGCUAGACCAACAAUGUUCAAUUUUUGCUGGAAAGCAAUUGGAGGAUAGUGGGACACUUACUGAUUAUAACAUCCAGAAAGAGUCUACCCUUCACUUUAUCUUGCGUCUUUGCAUGCAGAUCUUUAUGGAGACCGACUGGGGAAAGGCAUCAUGAGCUCAUAUACUAAUGAUAAUGUGAAGGCUAAGAUCCAGGACAAAGAGGGGAUUCCCCUAGAUACCG